AUGUCUUCUCGCGGUAGCACACGGGGAGGCAGGGGCGCUCGCUCAGGCCGCGGCGCUCGCGGUGCCUCGGCGACAGCAGCAGCUCCUUCAACUCGUCCUUCAAUUGAAGGCGGCGAUGACGGCGCAUCCAUUCCCGGCAGCGUGCCUGCGUUGGCACCAGGAAGCUCGGCAGCGCGCGCCGUCACGAUAGAAUCCAGCCAGUCUGCGCCCAACUCUGCCGCCUCCACACCCGCUCCGUCGCUUCGCGGCGCGAGAUUCAAACCCAAAGCCGUCAGAAGAGACGCUGCCGAGCGGCAGAAGCUCGAGGAUGAGCGGACCCGAGACUUGGCCGCCAAGAUCAAGGUUGAGGAAAAGGAACAAAGGGCGGCUGAUCGCAGAGCUCGACGAGGCGCCGGAGGCCGCGGCAGAGGUGAUGCUGGAUUCAUGCGGAGAACCGUUACUGGCCAUGGUGUCUUUUCAGGUGUUGGUCAAGAUAUGCUUAAACAGGGCGGCGGUUCAUGGGGAGGACAUGGAGCUAAAAGCGAAGGUGGCUCAAACUGGGGGCCUAGGUAUCACGAUCGCCGAGUCAACGAUUUACGAGUCAAUGUCGACACACUGCGGGCCAGUGCAACCCCCGAAGUCAGCCUUGCAAACGGUUCCAAGUCCCCUGGCUUUCUGCCGGUCGGUAUCGUUAGAGUCGAACAUAAGCAAGAAGAGCUCAAAGUCGCUACGAGCGCUGAGCUUGAGGCUGAUGAGCAAGAAGACGAUGACGAUGACGAAUUGUUCGUCAGCGAGCAAAUUGGUGCUCUGCCACGCGAUAUGCAAAUGACCGACGACAAUGAAGUGUGGAACGAGGGUCCCAAGACCGCUGAAGAGGAUAGUGUCAAGGUUAAGCCAGAGCCAGGUUCAGCAGAAGACGAUGUCAUGGACAUUGAUGCCAUACCAGCCAAGCCCAAGGCGCCGCCCUCGCCAGAGUUACAGAAGAAGCCGCUCGCACAACAAGACCCCGAAUUGGAUGCUAAGAUCAAGGCUAAGGAAAGGAAACGGGCAAAGGCAAUGCAAGAUACAGAGCUACAGUCGGCAGCACUCGACGCCGCAACACUCCUCGAAGCACUUACUCUCAAAGAGGGUGAAACACAAGCCAAAGACAAUCAGCUAUUCCUAUUUCAGUUUCCGCCAGUACUUCCGCCAUUGCUAUAUGUCAACGAGGACGGAACAGAGGUGGUAGAAGCCGAGGAUGAGUCCAUGUCAAACGGUCUAAGAAUCAAGGCAGAGCCGGGUACAUCAGGGGCCGUCGCAACCAACUCCGCUCUUCCACCCCAGGGUGGUUACAUUGGAAGACUCAACGUCAGAAAGUCUGGCAAGAUAGAAUUGGAUUGGGGUGGCAGGAUAUUGGACUUGGGCAUCGCUGCCGAUACGGAUUGUUUGACGACAGCAAUCAUUGUGGACGAGCAGGAUGGCGAGAAUCCAGGAAAGGCUACAGGUAUGGGCAACGUGUAUGGCAAAUUUGUCGCCACCCCAGUCUUCCAGGAAGAAGACGAAUGGAACCCGGACCUGGACUCUCUGGGUCUUUGGGUAUAA